AUGGCUGGAGAUAUCCCCACGAACGGUGACACGGCGACCCGGACCGCUCCCGGGGCCGGCUCCGAAGGCCCGACGACGGCCGCUGCCAGCAAGAGAGAGCUCUCGCUUGCUACGCUUUCCGUCCACGCUGAUGAUGGCAUCAGCAGCCACCGCGCCAUCGCGCCGGCGAUGCACGUGUCGACUACGUUCAAGUACCACAGCAACCCGGAUGAGCUCCGUUCAGGGGAGAAUGUCGAUCCCUCCGCCCCGGGCGACUCCCACAUCUACUCCCGCUACUCGGGCCCCAACACAACCCGCCUCGAGGCAAUCCUCUCGAGCGUGCUCCACGGUCCCACCCUGACCUACUCCUCGGGCCUCUCCGCCUUCCACGCCAUGCUCGUCUUCCUGAACCCGAAGCGCGUGGCCAUCGGCGGCGGGUACCACGGCUGCCACGGCGUCAUCAAGGUCCUCACGAAGCUCAACGGCCUGCAGCAGCUCGAGCUCGACGACGUCUCGCUGGAGAAGCUGGAGGCCGGGGACGUGCUGCACGUCGAGACGCCGCUGAACCCGACGGGGGAGGCGCGGAACCUGGCGUAUUUUAGGGAAGUUGCGAGCAGGAAGGGCGCGUAUUUGACGGUGGAUGCCACGUUUGCGCCGCCGCCUUUGCAGGAUCCGUUUGUGUUGGGCGCGGAUGUUGUGAUGCAUUCUGGGACCAAGUAUUUUGGAGGGCAUUCGGAUAUGUUGUGCGGGACGCUGAGUUUGAAUCCCAAGCACGCGGACAAGUGGAUGCCGGAGCUGUUGAUGGAGAGGUGUUUUAUCGGGAGCGUGAUGGGGAGUAUGGAGGGGUGGUUGGGCGUUCGGUCGCUGAGGACGUUGGAGUUGAGGGUCAAGAGGCAGUCCGAGUCCGCGACGAAGCUUGUUGCGUGGCUUGAUGGGGAGAUUCGCGGGAACCCCGGGGGGUUGGUGGGUAGUGUCGUCGACACGGUGCAGCACGCGAGUUUGCAGACUGCGGAUCUGGAGGCCGGGUGGUUGAAGGAGCAGAUGCCCGGCGGGUUCGGCCCCGUGUUUGCGUUGUUGUUGAAGGACGAGGGGGAUGCGAAGAGGUUGCCGAGCAAGAUGGGCUUGUUCCACCACGCUACGUCGCUGGGUGGUGUCGAGAGUCUUAUUGAGUGGCGGGCGAUGAGCGAUAGCGGUUGCAGUAAGAGGUUGUUGAGGGUGAGUAUUGGUGUAGAGGGGUGGGAGGAUUUGAGGGAUGAUUUGAUUCAGGGGUUCGAGGCGUUGGUGAAGGAAAAGAAGAAGACGGUUUAA